AUGGAGACAGGAAAUUUUAGUAUUGAAAAAACAUCAGGUUAUUGGCUAGUAUUCCUUUAUGAAAUCAUUGGCACAGCUUUGCUUUUUAUUGGAAUUAAUUUCAGUUAAGGAAAUAACAACAUAGUUUUAGCUGGGAUUUACGCAGCAUGUAUGGUGACUUGUAGAUAAACAGGUGCGCACUUUAAUAUGGGACUAUCAUUAGCAGUUUAUAUUGUCGAAGAUAAAUUUAAAGAACAAUGGAUUUGCCUAAUAGUUUAUACUAUUGCUGAAUUAAUUGGAGGUUUUAUGGGUAUGUGGAUAUCGUAUCUAUUCCUAGGAAAUAAGAUAGCCUUUAUAAAGCCAGAUAACUUAAAUUAUUCAGGCUUUUAUGUAUAUUUCAUGGAGACAUUUUUUACUUUCAUAAUGAUGCUCAAUAUUCUAUUUGGAAAGCAUGCAAGAUUAUCUUUAUUUAGUGAUACAGUCCCUGGUGUAUUUGGUUCUCUAUUUGGAAUUAAUUUCUGUAUGGGAUGCAUUGGACCGUAUACAGGUUCUGUCUUAGCUGCAUUAUAUGUUAAAUACGUAGCCUUGAAAGUAUAAAUGCAUGCUGAGACACAGAAAUACCAGUUUAGAUCUUAAGUUAGUCGAAUAUUUGAUAAGAACUUCCUGAUUGGGAUAGGUAGCAUUGUUAGUAGUGAUCCUUUUUUCGUUUGA